AUGGCGGAUAUGCCAAUCAGUUACCCUCCGGGGCGCCCUAAGCCUACAUCGGCAUUUCUACCACCCCAUGAUUCGACCAGAUACGUACCAGACAGAGUGUCCUCGCUGGCUGCGUGGCUGGCAUCCCGUCGAAAGGAUGUUUCGAGGAAAGACCUCAAAGGCAUGGAUUUGAACUGCAUGUUAUGCGAGUACCCAAUGUGCGACUAUUGGACCAGGGUAAAGACAUCGGACCUUCUAGCCGCAGACACGACCCCAAGCUCGAAUCGACCGUCGCCUCUCAUCUACCCGGAGAUACCUCAUACGUGCUGUACUCUCGUGCAAUACUGUGAACACGCUGUACGCAUCGACUCGCACGGAUGCGGACACUACGUCGGCUACAGGUGUCUACGGAACUGGAUUAUUGCAGGCUUCAAUUGGUGCCGAUUUUGCGGCGCAGAGUGGUUUCUAAAGGAGCCGAGUCGGACGAGAAGGAGAGCGGCUUUGAAGGAGAGUUUGCCAAUCGAUUUCUGUAUGAACCUCGAGGCCACCGUCAUUGAAAGCGAAGACGACCAGAAGCCCGGAAGAAAUGACGGUGCUGUGGGAAGGGGCAUGUGGAAGAAUAUUUAUACCAGGGAGAUGGCGAGGUUGGCAAUGGCCGGUUACACGGUGGAUACGAAGAGUUCAAAGAAACAGGUGCUGAAGAUGGAUCCUACAUUUUUUCAUGCUCAAGGUAGAUUGAGAGAUGAGGACCAAGACAGUCUUGGUGGUGUGCCUGCAACCAAGGGGGCGGAGAGCGGCGGCCGCGCCGUCCUCGCCGUGGUCAUGACAGCUGACUCACACAGCUCACGCCAUGGUUCUCAGGCCAUAUACUAUUAA